AUGCCUUGGCUUCUUAAACUUCUUAGCCCUAUUUUGGGAACACCAGAAAAGGAACGCCAACGUGCUCUUGACAGAAUUAGUCGCUCAACUCCAGUUGAAGAAGGAGGGUUCAAGUUUUACUCGCUUCCUAACGAAGAAGCAGAGGAACAUCAUCUAUUCCAACGCCCAGAAGCUCUUCAAUUCUUCUACAAUGGGAAACUUUACAAAGUUACUGGUGAACGUGCCUCUGGUGUUUUUGAACUCUUCCUCGACCUUUUGUAUGUCGCCAUGAUUGCUCUCUUUUCUUCAGAUGUUGCAGAACACCCUGACUGGCCCCAUCUUUUAAAAUAUCUUGUUAUUUUUUUCCACUCAUACCAAAUUUGGCAAGAUUUACGUGAAACUUUUGACAAUUAUUACACAGAUGAUAUUUUACAGCGUGGCAUUGUCUUGUCUGUUAUGAUUGGUAUGGCUAUUUUUGCAAAUAAUGCUGCUUACAUUGGUUUUGGACACAAGAGAAGUGAAGUAGCAUACCUUUCCGCCGUCAUCAGUUUCCAGGUUGUUCAUUUUAUUCUAAUUGCAAAUUGGUUUUUUUAUUCCCUUUUUAUUCCAGAACACUUGGUCCGUAUGCGUGUCAUGGGCUGUAUCAAUAUUUUUACAUUCCUUUUACGUUCAUUACUCCUUAUCCCUCAUACUUCUUGGACUUUUCGCAUUAUUAUUGCACUUCUUGCUUUAGCAAUUGAACGCGGAUUUUGGGUCUAUAUUUAUUCUCCAUGGUUCCAAACAAAGGAAUACACUGAGUUUUCUACUGCAGUCAAUAUUGAGCACGAGUCAGAUCGUAUGACUGCCCUUUAUAUCAUCGUCUUGGGUGAAUUUUUAAACAGUUUGAUUUCAGAUGCUUCUAUUAUCUUGGGUCUUGACAUUGCGGCCGGCCGUGCUGUCAUGGUUUUGAUUAUUGCCUUUUCGCUCAAUUGGCUCUAUGUACAUAAUGAUGGCUCUGUCAAAAAUACCCACGCUUUACGAAGAUCUGCUUUAACUGCCAUUGGAUGGUUUAUCAUUCACGAACCUCUUUGUGCUGCUCUUGUGUUGUCUGGUGACAUUGCCGCCGAGUUUGUCAAGUACGACAUCUUGGAAAACUAUAACCUUGAAUGGUUUUUUUGUUAUGGUCUUGCCAUUGGUACGUUUUCUCUUUGGAUCAUGGCUCAAUGCACCUUAGCUCGCGAUGAAUUGGUCUGGCCUAAACAGAUUCGUCUCUUAUUCAGACUUAUUGAUGUAAUCAUCUUUGCUCUGCUACCAUUUGCUAAACUCGACACUUCAAAUACUUUACUCGUUGCGUCAGUAUUAAUGGUUAUUACUGUAGUAUGGGAGAACUAUGGUAGUCUGCCAAAGGACCACAAUAUUUUCACAGAUCUUUGCUACGAACCAAACCAAUCUUCAGCUCCAUUAUUAUCUAGCGAACCACAUGAUCAUUCAGCAGUUGAACAAGAAGUCGAAGCUCUUCUUCACGCAAACGAGACCAUUGACCCUGGUACUGCAGAACAAACUGCAAACAAAUAUGGUUCUGUUGGACAUUAG